GCGGUGGCGGCGGUAGCAGCAGCGGCAACAGCAGCAGCGGCAGUAGGAGCAGCUGGGAAAGAAGCCGGAGCCGAGGAGAGGGGCAGGGCGAUGGGGUCGAGGCCGGGGCUGGGGCUUUGACAGCUACGACCAGGGCGAGCGGUGGAGCUAUAGCGGCAGAGCCGGGAAAAGCUACAGCUGAGGGAAAGAGCGAGGUUUGGGAAGCAGAGCAGCAUCGAAGCAAGCCAGGCGGCGGCGGCGGCGGCGGCGGCUUCAGUUUCGCCUGUUCCUUACUGCGGACCAUGUUCGCCAAAGGCAAAGGCUCGGCGGUGCCCUCGGAUGGGCAAGCUCGGGAAAAGCUAGCUUUGUAUGUCUAUGAAUACUUGCUGCAUGUAGGAGCACAGAAAUCAGCACAGACCUUUUUAUCAGAGAUCCGAUGGGAAAAAAACAUCACAUUAGGAGAACCUCCUGGGUUUUUACAUUCAUGGUGGUGUGUAUUUUGGGACCUAUACUGUGCAGCUCCUGAAAGGCGAGAUACUUGUGAACACUCAAGUGAAGCAAAAGCCUUUCAUGAUUACAGUGCAGCUGCAGCACCAAGUCCAGUACUUGGAAACAUUCCUCCAAACGAUGGGAUGCCAGGGGGACCCAUUCCUCCAGGUUUCUUUCAGGGACCGCCUGGCUCUCAGCCCUCGCCACACGCACAGCCUCCACCUCACAACCCCAACAGCAUGAUGGGACCCCACAGUCAGCCUUUUAUGUCACCAAGAUAUGCAGGAGGUCCCCGGCCCCCCAUCAGAAUGGGAAACCAGCCUCCAGGGGGUGUUCCUGGUACACAGCCCUUGCUGCCCAACUCAAUGGACCCCACACGACAACAAGGGCAUCCUAACAUGGGAGGGCCAAUGCAAAGGAUGAAUCCUCCCCGAGGAAUGGGACCCAUGGGUCCGGGUCCACAGACUGAUCCUUGGUUAUCAUUGCAGAACUAUGGCGGCGGAAUGAGACCUCCACCCAACUCCCUAGGGCCUGGCAUGCCUGGGAUUAACAUGGGUCCAGGAGCUGGUAGACCAUGGCCCAAUCCCAACAGUGCUAACUCAAUUCCAUACUCUUCUUCAUCACCUGGUACAUACGUGGGGCCCCCUGGUGGCGGAGGUCCUCCUGGAACACCCAUCAUGCCUAGCCCAGCAGAUUCGACAAAUUCAAGUGACAACAUCUACACAAUGAUUAAUCCCGUACCGCCUGGAGGCAGUCGGUCGAAUUUCCCAAUGGGACCUGGAUCAGAUGGCCCAAUGGGAGGCAUGGGUGGGAUGGAGCCCCAUCACAUGAAUGGCUCAUUAGGGUCAGGAGACAUAGAUGGACUUCCAAAAAAUUCUCCAAACAACAUAAGUGGCAUUAGCAAUCCCCCGGGCACUCCACGAGAUGAUGGUGAAUUGGGAGGGAACUUCCUCCAUUCCUUCCAAAAUGACAACUAUUCUCCCAGCAUGACGAUGAGUGUGUGAUUUCCCUCCUCCCUCACCCCACAUCCUCUUCUCCAGGAUAAAGAAAAAGUCAGCUGCCAUUUGGAGGAUCUCAAGAAAUUAUGCAAGAAGAGAAGCUAGGUGUGUGUUUGGCAGGGAGACGUACAGAGCCGGGGACCCACCCCUGAUUUUUAGUUUCAUGCAAUAAAAAGGCUGAACUUUUUAUUCCAUAAAACAAUGAAGGACAAAUCUUUAAAAUAUUUCAAGACAUGACAAGAUCCUUCUUCUGUGGAAGGAUUUAUUCUAUGUACAUGACACUUUUUGCUGUUGAUUUUUUUUGGAAACAAAUGAAAGCCUCUAGCACCCAAUUACAACCUCCUUUGCUUGAUUAUUCUUUUAAAUCUGUUGUAUGUUUGUGCUGUGCUACGCAAGGAAGCUAGUCUAGAUAUGAAAUCUCAUGUUGUCUCUGUAGCCAUUUAAAAAUAAUAAUAAAACUGGACAGUUUUUAUAAAUUGGUGGGUUUUGUUCAGAAGGCCUCCCCUCUCCCCCCACCCAUUUUUAGUUUGGUUGGUUUUUUCAGUUUGGUGUUUUGCAGCACACUUUCUCCAGCAAGAAGAUUCAAGUGGAAAAUAUUUCCUCUGCCUCCUUCUAAGUUGUAAUGCAGCUGGCCCCCUUGUAGGAUCACAUCCUCCAAAAGUUUAAUUGUGAUCUUGAUAUCUGUGACUGUGGCAUGCACUGUAUUAGCCCUUUCCCUCGUCCUCCUCCCAGAGUUACAAAGAAAUGUUAUGAAUUACCCUUUUGCAAAACUAAAAGUGUCAAAAUUCCUGGGGAUAGGGUGUGGAGGGUUAGGGUACUUGGGAUUUUUUUUCAAAUCUUGGGGAGGUUUUAGUCCACCAGAAAUAAAAAGAAAAGGCGUUUAAAAACUUGAUCUAGGACUCGAAAACUGUGAGCGCAAGCUUAACAUCUGUUUUGGUUUUUUGUUUUGUUUUGUUUUUUAAUGAAACGAUGUGAUCUUAUUAGGGUUUCACUGUAUAUGCUCUGGAACUGGAUGGAGAUAUUUUUAAGUAAUUAUUGUUGUUAAAAUGUAUACUUGCUAUUCUGUAGGCUCUCUCUCCCUCCCCCACAACUCUGUAAUUAUAAACAAAAUAAUUAAAAAAAACCCCUUACCAUCUCAUGGUAGAGGUGACUACAGAAAAGCAUCAUGUAUAGUGAAACUCGCAAGUCCUGGGAUCUCUGUACAUUACACUCCCUUGUAGCUGGUCUUUGUUUUAUAUAAAAAGAAGAAAAACUUCACUUCUGAUCUAUGUAUUUCAUAUUAUGUAAAAUAUUAUCUUCCCCUGGAUUUACCUACCUUUGUGCGGAUUCUUGAGAACAUUGUAUCUUGUUUCAGUGUUUUUUCUUACCUUGUAGUCUGGUUCUAAAAUGAAGCGAGGGAAAAGAAAAGUAAUUAUUAUACAUUGUAGUUUGUGUACGAUAUUUGUUGAUAAUGUUUUAUUAAAGGGAUGUCUUUUUUCCGCACCCCUUAAUGAAAUGUUUUUUUGUUUUUUUUGUUUUUGUUUGGUUUUGUUUUGUUUUGUUUUGUGAAUUUUUUGUGGGGGGGGAUUGGCUUGUUUUUAUUCUGACUGAAAAUGAAAACCAUGUGAUAUUAUAUGAACUAUUUUAAUAGUACAAUGAUUUUUUAAUGUUUGCCUUUUCUAAGGCAUUUUAAUUUUGUUUUCUCUGUAGAAAGAUGGGGGGUGGGGGCAAAUGAUCAGUUUCACAGUUACAGUCAGGAUAAUAUUUUUAAAAGACCAGCCAUCAACACAAGAGUUGUCCCAUUGCUAAUGCAGCACCCUUACUGGAUUUUUGUUUGUUUUGGGUUUUUUAAGGGAUGACUGACAGAUUUCAUUGUAUUAAAAUGAUAGCUAAAUUAUUGUCUUCAUUGGUUUGGGAUGGUUUUUAAAAAAUGAAUCAAGACCCCCUCGACUCUCUCUUCCCAUCAUGCUGUAAUAAAUAUAAACAUUUGAUUUCA